CGGUGGGGCAGGCGGUGGGGCUGGCGGGUGGGCCAUGGCCCGUGGGGGGCGCCUGCUCCUCCUCCGGCUGCUCUGGGCCCUGGCCCUGGGGGGCGGGGAGGGCGCGCGGGGCUUCGGCGACGAGGAGGAGCGCCGCUGCGACCCCAUCCGCAUCCCCAUGUGCCAGAACCUGGGCUACAACGUCACCAAGAUGCCCAACCUGGUCGGGCACGACCUCCAGACCGACGCCGAGCUCCAGCUCACCACCUUCACCCCGCUCAUCCAGUACGGGUGCUCCAGCCAGCUGCAGUUUUUCCUCUGCUCAGUCUAUGUUCCCAUGUGCACAGAAAAGAUUGACAUCCCCAUUGGAUCCUGUGGUGGCAUGUGUCUCUCCGUCAAAAGGCGAUGUGAGCCCGUCUUGAAGGAAUUUGGUUUCUCUUGGCCGGAGAGUUUGAACUGCAGCAAGUUUCCACCCCAGAAUGACCAUAACCAUAUGUGCAUGGAAGGCCCAGGGGAUGAAGAGGUGCCCAUCCACAGCAAAACCCUCCUUCAUCCUGGGGAGGAAUGCCAGAGCUUUGGUACCAAUUCUGACCAAUACAUCUGGGUCAAACGGAGCCUGAACUGCGUGCUCAAGUGUGGCUACGAUGCUGGUCUCUACAGCCGAUCGGCCAAGGUGUUCACCGACAUUUGGAUGGCCGUCUGGGCCAGCCUGUGCUUCAUUUCCACUGCCUUCACAGUCUUGACCUUUCUGAUUGACUCCUCUCGCUUUUCCUACCCUGAGCGCCCCAUUAUAUUUCUGAGUAUGUGCUACAAUAUUUAUAGCAUUGCUUAUAUUGUCCGACUGACCGUCGGCCGGGAGAGGAUUUCCUGCGAUUUUGAAGAGGCAGACGCACCCGUUCUUAUCCAAGAGGGCCUUAAGAACACAGGAUGUGCUAUAAUUUUCCUGCUGAUGUACUUUUUUGGGAUGGCGAGCUCCAUCUGGUGGGUGAUCCUGACAUUGACGUGGUUUCUGGCUGCCGGACUCAAGUGGGGUCACGAGGCCAUCGAAAUGCACAGCUCCUAUUUCCAUAUAGCAGCUUGGGCCAUCCCAGCGGUGAAAACAAUUGUCAUUUUGAUCAUGAGACUGGUGGAUGCAGACGAGCUGACUGGACUUUGUUAUGUCGGAAACCAGAACUUGGAUGCACUCACGGGUUUUGUUGUGGCUCCCCUUUUCACCUAUUUGGUGAUCGGGACUCUUUUCAUUGCAGCUGGCUUGGUGGCUUUAUUUAAAAUCCGGUCCAACCUUCAGAAGGACGGGACCAAAACGGACAAGCUGGAGCGGCUCAUGGUGAAAAUCGGGGUCUUUUCGGUGCUCUACACCGUCCCAGCUACCUGCGUCAUUGCUUGUUACUUUUACGAAAUCUCCAAUUGGACGAUCUUCCGCUAUUCAGCGGAUUACUCCAACAUGGCUGUGGAAAUGCUCAAGAUUUUCAUGUGCCUGCUCGUGGGCAUCACGUCGGGCAUGUGGAUUUGGUCAGCCAAAACGCUGCACACCUGGCAGAAGUGCUCCAACAGACUGGUGAACUCAGGGAGGGUAAAACGAGGGGAGAAAAGAGCCAACGGGUGGGUGAAGCCUGGGAAGGGGAAUGAGACUGUGGUAUAGAAACACAAACGUUACCAGUGGGCAGUCUCUGCUUCUCCUUUUCUCCCUCCCGGUGUGAGAAGAGUUGCCUGCACAGCAGAGCAGAAGUAGUUGAUCUGGGAGAGGAAUCAGACAGGAUCUUGGCAGUUCUGCAGAAUUUGGGGAUUACUUGGGCAGAGAAGACCCCACCGCAAGGACCCGUGCACUGCAAACGGUAGAGCAGAGCUCCUGAAAAGGAAACACGAAAGCCUUCCACGGCUUCAGAAAGCUGUGAAAACAAACCUCAGCACCCCCUGGGACUUCUGUCGUAAAGCAGCGUCCUUGCGCCUUGAGAAACUGUGGAACUUUGCACCGUCCUUCUAUAAUGCAAAAUGUGCCUUCUCUCUUUCUUUUGUCUUAAAUUCUCCUUUAGCCUUCUUCACAGAUCAUGUAUUUAGCCAUAUCUCAGUGCAAAAAAGGAAAGAAUUCAGAGGGCAAACAUCUGGUGGUGUAGAGAACUCUUGCGGGGAGCAAAUAGUUGCCAUCUUCAGGAAACUUGUAAUCCAGAGGUCUGCCACACAGGAGGGCAGAGGUUUAUGUUCCAUAUUGGUUCCUAUACCAUGGCAAUAUUUAUUUUUUAUUACCUUACAAUAUCAGACAGGGCUAUGCAAGCUGUCAGAUUCUACAGAGCUCUUAAUCCAACUAGAGUGGUUCUCAACCUGGGGUCCCCAGAUGUUUUUGGCCUUCAACUCCCAGAAAUCUUAACAGCUGGUAAACCGGCUGGGAUUUCUGGGAGUUGUAGGCCAAAAACAUCUGGGGACCCCAGAUUGAGAACCACUAAACUAGAUGGUCAACAAAGCAAGCAGCAGUCAAGAGGGGAAAGCUGGCUGUUGUUGGAGCCACAGAGCCUGCUUUAAGUUAUAAGAUGGAAUGUCAAAGGUGGUAGUAGAUGUUCAAAUUAGGCACUCUGUCAGUGGUUCUCAACCUGUGGGUCCCCUGAUGUUUUGGCCUUCACCUCCCAGAAAACCGUAACAGUUGGAAAAACUGACUGGGAUUUCUGGGAGUUGUAGGCCAAAACACCUGGGGAUCCACAGGUUGAGAACCACUUCUCUAUGUGGUUGCAUACUUCUGGUAGUACCCAGGACUGCCACAAAGACUGGUUGUGAAAAUAUAUGAUCCAGUUGUUCUGUG